AUCAUGGCGCAACACCCCUGCUUCCUGCUUCAACAAUGGAUUCGGGGAGUAGUAGUGAAGUUGCACUCGAAUUCCUUCCAUAUUUCCGCGCGUACAAAGAUGGGCGAGUGGAGAGGUUCUUUGGCACCGAUGUCGUCCCUCCAUCAAUCGAUUCCCACGGUGGCACUGCCACUAAAGAUGUUCAAAUUGUUCAGGAAACAGGCCUCGCAGCACGUAUUUUCAUCCCCAGCACCAUUGAACUAGGCCAGAAGCUCCCUGUCCUAGUCUACUAUCAUGGAGGCGGCUUCUACAUGGGUUCGCCAUUUUGUGCAACGUAUCACAACCACCUUGCUUCUCCCGUCGCCGAGGCCAACAUUGUUGCGGUCUCUGUUGCUUACAGACUAGCCCCAGAACACCCCGUGCCGAUUGGUUACGAAGACUCCUGGGUUGCACUUCGGUGGGUGGCUUCCCAUUUUGCUGGCGAAGGCUCUGAGGCCUGGCUCAGAGAACAUGCUAAUUUUCAGCGUGUUUUUCUGGCCGGGGACAGCAUGGGAGGCAAUAUCGUGCACAACAUGGCAGCGCGGGCUGGGGUUGAAGGUUUGCCAGGAGUGAGACUGUUAGGAAUCUGUUUGGUUCACCCCUAUUUUGCAAGAAAAGAAACUGUAGGAACUUGCGUGGCGGACAGAUCGUGGCUAUUUUCAUGUCCUACGACAAGUGGGUUCGAUGAUCCGAGGAUAAACCCGGCAGAGGAUUCGAGGCUGUCGAGGGUCGGGUGCUCCAGGGUACUGAUAUUUAUUACUGAGAAGGAUGAGACGAGAGACAGAGGUUUGUUCUAUUACGAGACACUACGGACGAGUGGGUGGGGAGGAGUGGUGGAGAUUGUGGAGGCGAAAGGGGAAGAGCACGUGUUUCAUCUGUUCAGACCAAAUUGUGAGAAGGCUCUGGCCUUGUUGAAGAAGUUGUCUUCUUUCAUAGACCAAGACAACGCUUAAUUAGACAAGGUCAUUUAACAGAUGACAUGCAUGAGUGAAUCAGAUUCGAACCUUCUAUCAUUUAAUAAAAUUUAAAAACAACGGCAGGAUUUAAUUAGCCAUGCCUAUCGGCCUUUGUAUCAUUAG